UUCGCUGCGACUUCUUCUCGAGAGGGGCAUGAAAUUAGUGCUCGGCCACGGCGUCGUGGCAUGUAGGCACUUUCUGAAGCGGACAUCAUGGCGAUGCUUCUCGAGCACGUCUACUUGGUCGUCCGGAGGCAAGAGCAGUGACGCCCAUACAUACGCGGAUACGUUGUUCCUACCACAAACGAAGUUCGUUCAUCGGCCCGACCCAUCUACGUACGAGAGGCUGCGGGAGAGGACGUGUGACAAACUGUAUAGGGAACAGUGGAAUCAAGCAGAUAAUCCGCUGUUCGUGCUGCAUGAUGGCCCUCCGUACGCCAAUGGGGAUCUACACAUAGGUCAUGCACUCAACAAGAUAUUGAAAGACAUCAUCAACCGGUAUCAUGUCUUGUUGGGCCAUCGCGUACAUUACAUACCGGGCUGGGACUGUCAUGGCCUCCCCAUCGAAAACAAGGUGCUGAAGAAGCUGAAAAAAAAUGCGGAGGAUCUGACGCCGCAAACUAUACGGACGGAAGCAGAGGCAUUCGCCAAGGAGGAGAUUGCCAGGCAGCGGGAUCAGUUCCGUCUGUUUGGCAUCAUGGCGGAUUGGUCGCCAGAAUCGACAUAUCGCACACUGGAUCAUGACUACGAAAUGCGACAAUUGAAGGUCUUCAAGACCAUGGUGGAGAAAGGACUCAUUUACAGGCAGCUUCGUCCGGUUUACUAUUCACCGUCCUCGCGCACAGCACUGGCAGAAGGCGAAUUGACGUACAACGAAAAACAUACCUCUCACACAGUCUACGUUGCAUUCGAGCUGGACCCAGAUAGCCCGAAUAUGAGCACGGCUCUGAAAGCUCUCGUCAAUGGUCAGCGGAAAGUGCGCCUCCUGGUAUGGACAACGACCCCGUGGACACUCACAGCGAACAUGGGUAUUGCUGUCAAUCCAGAGAUGAUGUACGAGGCCGUAGCCGAGAGUGACGACCCGACUGCUUCUGUAGACAUCUUCGCCGUUGAGCGCGAGACUGAACUGGUUGACAUUCUCGGGACAACGAUCUCCAACGUUCCCGUGGCCGAGUUCCCAGGGUCGGAUCUCGUUGGUGCUACCUACCGUCCGUUGUUCUUGACCCUCAACGACGCUGAGUCCGUCAAGUCGUUGCCCGUCGUACCUUCUUCGCAUGUUACUCCCAACACCGGAACAGGCCUCGUGCACUGCGCUCCGGCACACGGCGAUGAGGACUACAAUGUCUUCCACUCGCUCGGACUUUUGUCGUCGUCGUCUGAUGCGUCGUCGGGCGAUUUGCUGUGCCACGUGGACGUGACUGGCCGCUUCACGGAGGGCGUCGCGGAUGUUGUGGGGCAUAAGGCUGCGAAGGGUCUUGCUGGGCAGGAAGUUCUGGCAGACGGUGGCAAGGCAAUCGUCGGGCUGCUUGAGGAAGUUGGUGCUCUCCGGAAGCUGCAACGGAUUCGUCAUAGUUACCCGUAUGACUGGAGAACCGACCAACCGAUCAUCGUCAUUGCAACGUCGCAGUGGUUCGCCAACACGGAUCAUAUCAAGGACGACGCACUUCUGGCCGUUCAGGGUAUCACCCCUCAUCCGGCAGGCUCACAUAGCCGACUAGCAAUAGACGUUCGCAACCGCUCGGAAUGGUGCAUUUCGCGACAGCGUGCAUGGGGUGUGCCGAUCCCCGCGUUGCACCACAUACCAUCAGGUCGCGCGGUCCUCGACGCGGAGAGCCUCACGCAUAUCCUCCGCAUCCUCCAGGAAAAGCGGACCAGCUACUGGUGGGAAGGCCCUGUGGCCGAGUUCGUCCCGCCAGGGCUCCGCGACGGCAUGGACGACCAACAGCUCGAAGAAACUUGGCAAAAAGGUACAGACACGAUGGACGUCUGGUUCGAUAGCGGUUCUUCGUGGACCAUGCUGGAGGACCUGUACGCGGACGGGACCACGUCCGUCACUGGCAGGCGAUUUGGUGCGGAUGUCUGCUUGGAGGGCAGGGACCAGCACCGCGGGUGGUUCCAGAGCCAGCUGCUCACCGCUGUUGCGACUGCCCCCGAUGCUGAGAGAAAGCGACAGGCGCCGUACACCACCCUCAUCACUCACGGUAUGACUGUCGACGAGCGCGGCAGGAAGAUGAGCAAGUCGUUGGGGAACGUCAUCAGUCCGAUGUCUAUCAUCAAUGGAGGCGAGUCGAAAAAAGACCAGGUACAGUACGGUCCGGAAGUACUACGACUGUGGACCGCCAAUGUCAAGUUUACGGAAGACAUGCCGAUAAGUCACAGCGUGUUGCAGCACUGCCAGUACAUGUACCUGAAGAUACGGAAUGCGGCGCGCUACGUUCUGGGUUCACUGCAUGAUCAACCUUACUCUGAGAAGGUGGAACGCGACGGUCUGGGAUUGAUCGAUCGAUACGUUAUGCACGAAUUGUACAAACUAGAGGACACUGCUAUGAAGAGCUACGCAACUUACGACUUCGCUAGAGUGGUCAGCUCUAUUUCCCAAUUCGUCAUCACCAUGUUUUCGCCAGUCUAUGUGGACACGAGCAAGGACUGCCUCUAUGCAGCAGCAAAGGACAGUCCAGAGCGCCGUGCGAUGCUUGCAGUAUUGGCACAGGUGCUCGAUACGAUGACCACCGUGGUGUCGCCUAUUUUACCGUACCUUGCUGAAGAAAUUCACGAGACUCUACACGGCGGGAGCUCCUCUGUCUUCAGCAAGAAAUGGACACCCUUGAGUGCGCAUUGGGACGACCCUGGGGUUGAGUGGCAGAUGGGUCACCUUCUGCGACUUCGUGCCCAGAUUUUGUCUGCCCUGGAAAAGGCCAGGAAGGAAAAGCUUUUACGGCGGUCUCCGGAGGCAGACGUCUUCCUAACGUUGCCAGAUGAUGUCUCGUCUGAAGCUCAUGAUGUCGUUGAACUUAUACGGAACCACGUGAAUGACAUCAAAGCGCUGUCCAUAGUGUCUAAUGUCUCUGUUGGCCCCCAGCCCUCGGAAACACCAGCAUGGAAGUACACCAGCUCUCUCAAACUACCAGGCUGCGAUCGAACAGUAGAUAUCACGGUUCGCCCCGCUACUCUGCAUAAAUGCCCUCGUUGCUGGUUGCACACUCGUGAGGAAAACGAGGCACUGUGCGGCAGAUGCUCCACAGUCGUUUCGCACUAGAAUCUUUGGAUAUCAUAUAACCGCUGUCGUUCAGAUAUUGUCGUACACUAAUCUCAUGCUACUCAGCAGAAUUCCACUCACUCUGGAUGUCACCCUCAAGGCUCAGCCAGCGACGCUGUCCCUCGGCUAUGUUAUCUCAGUGACUUGACAAGUUGGGUCAUUAGGCACAGCACUGUUGUGGGCAACAUAGCUGAGCUUCGUGUAUCG